AUUGGCGUGCAGCAUCACACACACAUACAGAUGAGACGAAAUGAUUAGGUUAAGUUAUGAGCUGAUCGUCAUGUUUCCCGGGGUUUUGUACGCGCUGCUGGCGGGGUUUCUCGGUGCCGUCGCGUCCUCAUCCGCCAAACUGUCACUCGGUACCGAUUAUCUGAAGGGCGUGUGUGAGACGGGACUGCGGACAUGGGGCGAGCAGAGGAAAUUCAGACCAGAGAACGAGACCACCGCCUGUGACUCGUUACACAUCCCGCUCAGACUGCUGUGUGGUGGUCUGCUGUUCACCUGUAACGCUGUGAUGUGGACGUUCCUGGCGAAAGCUCUCCGCAGCUCAUGUUCAUCCACCCGCACCACUGUGACCACCACUGCAUCCAACUUCAUCUCCUCUGCAUUUCUGGGGCAGCUGAUAUUCGGUGAGACACACAUGGCUCUGUGGUGGGUGGGCAUCUCUCUCACUCUCUCUGGUCUACUGGUGCUACAUCACACGUCUCCCAAUCUCACCCAAUCACACGGCAGCAAGAGAGACGACUGAACGCUCACAAACAUGUUAACAUGCAUGAUGCACACAUUGUGAACAAUGACACUUACCUGUAGAGAAGCAUUUGUUCGAUUAAUUCCUUGUGCUUUAUAAACGUAUUAUUACUAUUUGGGUCCAACUCCUCUGAGACACACAAACCUCUUUACAGUUUUUUAUUUUCUUGCUUCAGUGCAGCAGUGUUGCUCUAAUGUUUGAGGAUUCAUAUAAAAAUAGAGUGCUUGAAAUGUUCAUGCAGCUGUUAAAUCUCAGUUCUUACCAAAGAUCUAAAUAUUGAAUUAACUGGUGCAUUAACUUAAAUCACUGUUAAUGUGAAUGGUGAAUUUCACUGAGACCAUGACCGGGUUAUUUUUCACUUCAAAAUCAAAGGAAAGAAGAAAGAAAAUAUACAAGUAAAAAUUAAAACCUAUUUUAGGACCAUUACAAUCAAGUCAUUAUUUUCAGGACAAUUAAGGACAUUUUCCUUCAAUAAUCUCAUUUGAUUUAUUUAAUAAUUAUGUUAUACGAUAAUGAAAAUCAUCGUAUCUGGAUGCAAUGAUAAAUUAAAUAUAUACUCAUAAUCAUGACAAUAAUGUCACAAUCCAUGUUGGAUGUAAUCUGAUUACAAAGUAAGUAUUUACUUAAGACAAAAAGUAGUUUAUCCGUUACAAUAAUUAAUUCUUGUAAUCAAAUUACAGCUACUUUCAGUUAAGUUAAUAACUUUUAAAUAUAUUACUUACAUUACACAUAUUUCUAAAAUAACUUUAUUUAUUUAGAAAGCAUUUAAUUAUGUUCAUGUGUACAUCUGUUGGUGUUUCUGCCAAAGAAAUUAUAGAAAUUAUAAAAUAGAAAUUAUUUUAAAUUCAUUGAGCUGAAAAACAAAAAGUAGAAAGUAACUUUAAAGUCAAGUAAUUAGUAAUGUGAUUACUUUCCCAUGAAGUAAUAACUAAUAAUUAAUCUAAAAUACAAUUUUACAGAAGUAAUUAGUCAUUUGUGUUGGAUUACUAUUUCAUAGUUACAAUUGUCACAGUGCACCAAAAUCUUGAUUUUCUUCUUUCAAUUGAAUUUGUGGUCAAAUAUGAGUCAUAAAUGUUCUUGGCUUCAUGGCUUCACAGGCUUUUAUUGGCCAGGUACUCUGAAAGUUACUGACAUAGAAAACAAAUCAAUAUUAUUAAAAUCCAAAUAAUAUUUGAAGAAGCGUUUUUCACUCUUUACUCAAGAGCAAUAAAGUUCCUAUUUGAUUUGAUCAGAAAUAUACACAUUAAUCUCAAUAAAUAAGGCAAGUCUCUGGCCUGCAUUUCCAGUUCUAAUUACAGCUGCUUGAAUAUUCAAUCGGACUAUUUUGAUGCUUCAUGCCCUCAGUGACAUCACUUCCUUUAACUUGUGCCUUAGUUUCCCAUGAGCAGAAAGGGUCAGACUUUCACAAACAUUCAUAGCACUGUGAGCACAGCAUACAGCGUUGGGUUGUGCAAUAAUUAUAUUGUUUUAUGGAAGAUGCUUCUCUGAUAUAUGCCACAUACUGUAUCUUAUGCAUGCAAGCAUUAGUGAUGUAAGAGCAAAGACACUUCCUGUAGCUGUAUGAAUGAAAACAGACCACAUCCUGUCCUUCAGCCUGUCUACAGACACUGAUUGAGAAGUUACUAGGAGAUUUGUGCACUGAAGCAUGUAUGUGUAUUGUGAAAGUAAAUAGGGUUAAUUCUGAUUUCAUGUUGACUUUAAGGUGUUAAAGCAGCAUUUUGAACCCUGGCAGCUAUUCUUUGCUGGUCCAAGGUGGCCCGAGUGAGCUUAAAAAUAGAUGGUGUACCAGGUUUAAACCAUCUAGACCAGCUCAGACCAGCUAGAAACCAAAAAGCUGGUUUUACACUGGAUUUUCCUGCAUUAAAGCAGUUCUUGCAGAUUGUAAAGAUGAGAGUGGGCUGAAGGACGCUGGUUAAGGUGAUGUACUUCCAGUUAAUCUCUUCUUCCUGUGUGCUGAGUCUCGGUUGGGUGUGCAAGACUCAUAGAGCAGCUAAAUGACAGAUCUAAUGAAAUAAAGAUGGACUGAUGCGGUGCAGCCGCCGCAUGAGAGUCUUCCUCAGUCCAACAUAAUGUGAACAUAUCAUAACGUACCUGGCAAUGUGAAGCUGUUUUUAGCAGAUAUUUCUGCUUUGGUUUCCUCAAGUCAAUGUUUCAUGUUGAAAGCAUCUGUCCUGUUGUGUUUUAUUGUUGAUAUAGUUGUCAUUAACACAUUAAAAUUAAGCAAAAUAUGUAUUAAAGAGGUAAUGUACAGUCAGGCAAAAUAAUCCUUAUAUAAUCCAUAUCCUUAUACCAAAUAAUAAAUAAACGGAUAUUUGAUUCGAUUUAUUAUCUAAAAUACAGUAAUUGAAAUAUUUUUAUCAUAUCAAAAUAAUUAAAUCAAAUCAAACCGAAUUGUGACCAAAUUUUUUACUUAAAUACAAAAUAAAGGGGAAAACUCAACCAAAACUCCCACAGGGGUGAAAACAAACAUAAACAACCCCAUAGGGGAAAAAGUUAAUCCAGGGAUGGGGCAGAAUGCAGUGGGAAACAGGACCAACCGGACAGGGAUGGGAUGAAGAACAGCACCAACAAACAGGCAAGACUGACUAACUAGACCGACUGGAGACACAAGACCUGUGUGAGCACAGGCAGUGACAGGGGAAUGACCUCCGUGGUCGUGGGCACUGGCAGUGACAGGGGAGCGACCUCCGUGGUCGUGGGCACUGGCAGUGACAGGGAGCGACCUCCGUGGUCGUGGGCACUGGCAGUGACAGGGGAGUGACCUCCGAGGUCGUGGGCACUGGCAGUGACAGGGAGCGACCUCCGUGGUCGUGGGCACUGGCAGUGACAGGGGAGUGACCUCCAAGGUCGUGGGCACUGGCAGUGACAGGGGAGUGACCUCCGUGGUCGUGGGAACUGGCAGUGACAGGGGAGCGACCUCCGUGGUCGUGGGCACUGGCAGUGACAGGGGAGUGACCUCCGAGGUCGUGGGCACUGGCAGUGACAGGGAGCGACCUCCGUGGCCGGGAGCACUGGCAGUGACAGGGAGCAACCUCCGUGGUCGUGGGCAGUGACAGGGAAAUGGACUCCAUGGCUGUAAGCGCAGGCAGCAACUGGGGAAUGGCCUCCGUGGCCGGGAGCACUGGCAGUGACUGGGGAACGGCCUCCGUGGCCGGAGCGUUCGCAGUGACUGGGGAGUAGGAGCUGUUCUCCUCCUCUUUUGGGCGGCCGGGAGCACUGCUGUGGAAAUGGCCUUCAUGACCGAGGACGAUGGCACUAGGGUGGCCGAGGCUUCAGGCGGUGGCUCGUUGACCGUGACAGACAUGGGCGCUGACUCAUUGACCUUGGCAGGCGUGGGCGCUGGCCGUGGCAGGCAUGGGCGUUGGCAGCAGCUGGGGAACGCCCUCUGUGGCCGUGGAGGCUGGCAGGACUGAGGAGAAAGGUGCCCUCCUCAUCUUCUGGGUGGAGAGGGGCACUGCUGCUGUAGCAGCCUCUGCCUCCUGGCCGUCAGCAGCAGUGGGCUCGGCUGAGGCCUCCACUGUGUAGGGGGUGCCCUUGUCCUCGGGUUGGGAUGAGGAAUGGCACAGGCUGAAACAAACUCCUCCCAUUUCAUAUCCUGCCUGAUUGCCUAGAGAAAACCUCCAACCUCAUCCCGAUCUGGGACCCAAGAUCGUUUGUUCAGACCUGCCCAAAAGAGAUCGAUUAGGCAGGGCUGAUCGUAUCCCAGACCUGAGGACAAUGAUAAAAACUCUAAGGCAUACCCCCAUAUGGACUUGUCCUCCUGCCAUACCAUGCGCAGUCUCCUUACACACUCAGCGCACUGGUGGGCAGGAGAACCAGUCUGGAAAAAAAAAACUCUGCUGGGUCCAUUUGGGCCAGUUCGUUCUGUCAGAGAAUGCAGAACCUCAGCACAACAUGAGGACAGCGACCCGGGCACGCAACGCAAUGCGAGUGUGAUGCGAGGUGCACCCGCAGUUUUGGACCUAGAGCGCAUUGGGAAUUGGGCAUGCCAAUUGGGGAGAAAAUUAUUUAAGUUGCAAUGUACAUUUGUUCAAAGCCCCUGACUUAAUUUAUAUUUAAAAUUUAAGUCUUUUGUUUCUUUAUAGGAAAACCCGAUUUUAAAAGAACCAAUAACCGAUUAAGUAGAAAAGUGUAAAUAUCUGUUAAAAAUAUCAGUUAAACCAAUUAUCGGCUUAUUUCUAGUUUAGAGGUUAAUAUUGAAUUAAGGUCAAAGUUGCAGUCAAAUUCACACAAAUCUAAAAUACAGUAAUUGACCAAUUUGUAUCAUAUACAAAUAAUAAAAACAAAUCGAACCGAAUUGUGACUUUGUGAUGCAUUGCAUCAUUUAGCAAAGAAUCGUGAUCACAUCGAAUCAUAAUCAGGACAAAUACCCUCUAGUUUUAAUGAUAGUGUAACAGACUAACAGUUGUUUAUCAGAAUUUGUUGUUGAAUAUCAGUUGCUGUUUACAGUCGAGAUCGACCGAUAUUGGUUUUAAUGACCGAUACAAUACUGAUUAUUUUUGCGUUUAAGUGUCCGAUCACCAAUAGGCAUAACCGACUUUUAAUCCUUGUUCUAUUUCUACUUUAAGGCACAAUAACAACUUAAUCAAUUAUUACUCUGAAGGCGAAUAGCCUACUUUACAAAAUUAAUACUGCGCACAGUCUACAAAGGAUUAAUUUAAAGUAUUUUAAGUUGCAAUAUACACUUUUUCAAAGCCCUGGACUUAAUUUAUAUUUAAAAGUUCAAGUCUUCAAGUUUCUUUAUAGGAAAACACGAUUUUGAAAGAACCAAUUAAGUGGAAACGUGUAAAUAUCGGUUAAAAAUGUCGGUUAAACCGAUUAUCGGUUUAUCUAGUUUAGAAGUUAAUAUCGAAUUAAGGCCAAAGUCACAUAAAUCUGAACAAGGACACUUCAUUUAAACUUUAAAAACUGUUACCAUAGUAACUUGUGCAAGUUAAUUUGGGGGCAUUUUUUCUAUUAUUAGCAUUUACUAAUUCUUUCAUAUCUGGAGUUGUUCACCACUAUAUUAUUGGGGACCAAAUCAAAAUAAAAUCAUAAUUGACUGUAAAUAUUCUGGUCUGGGCCUGUAUUUAAACCUUUGGCUUUGAGUCCAAAUUUAAGAGAGUAAAUUAACGAAUAAAUAAAAUCAGGGGCUGCAAGUAACAUCAUACGUUCUUGUAAUGUUGAGGAAAAUCUGUUGUUACUCUGAUGGACUCAUUUGUCCUCAUUUAACCGUAGAAUUGAGUGUCCGUUGUCACAUUUAUACAUGUGUAAAUAGUUUUCUUAUUUAAUGGACAAAAAUAAAGCAUCUAAAUGAAAUUAUACUACAAUGAUGAUUCAUUAAACUACAAUGGAUGUAAAGCA